AUGCAUAAGAAGAAGAAGAAGAGAAAGCGAGCGAGCAUGAAGGCAACCAAGUCUGCGAUCAAGGCGGUGUCGACAUGGGUGAAGAGGCAGCCACCAAAGGUGAAGGCUUUCCUCGCGGUCGUAUCGGGCAUGGCGGCUCUUGUUCUCCUCAGAUUCAUCGUUCACGAUCACGACAACCUCUUCGUUGCCGCCGAAGCUGUUCAUUCCAUUGGAAUCGCUGUUCUUAUCUACAAACUCAUCAAGGAAAAGACCUGUGCUGGAUUGUCACUGAAAUCUCAGGAGCUUACAGCAAUAUUUCUAGCUGUGAGGCUUUACUGCAGCUUGGUCAUGGAGUACGACAUACAUACCAUUCUGGAUUUGGCUACUCUGGCUGCAACACUCUGGGUUAUUUUCAUGAUCCGUUUUAAGCUGAGGGCUAGUUACAUGGAGGACAAAGACAACUUUGCUCUCUACUAUGUGCUUGUGCCCUGUGCUGUGCUAGCUGUAUUGAUUCAUCCAUCGACUUCGCACAACAUAUUGAACAGAAUAUCCUGGGCAUUCUGUGUUUACCUCGAAGCUGUUUCAGUACUGCCACAGUUGAGAGUGAUGCAGAACACAAAGAUUGUCGAACCCUUCACGGCUCAUUAUGUUUUUGCACUUGGAGUAGCAAGGUUCCUUAGCUGUGCACACUGGGUCUUACAGGUUGUAGACACACGGGGACGGCUGCUUGUAGCACUGGGUUACGGACUAUGGCCUUCGAUGGUUCUAAUCUCAGAAAUCGUCCAAACAUUCAUCUUGGCAGAUUUCUGUUACUACUACGUCAAAAGGUAG